CAUCAACAAUGAAUUUCACAAGGCUGAAAAUGGCCGACAGUUCCCAACUGUCAACCCAGCAACUGGAGAAGUCAUUGCAAUGGUUGAAGAAGGAGAUAAAGCCGAUGUAGAGAAAGCUGUGAAGGCUGCUCGUAAAGCCUUUUCUCUGAACUCGGAAUGGAGACAGAUGGAUGCCUAUGAUCGUGGCCAGCUGCUGUAUAGGCUGGCUGACCUGAUGGAGCGUGACAGGGUCUACCUUGCUAGUCUGGAGACACUUGAUAAUGGCAAACCUUACACAAACUCGGUCAUGGUGGAUGUAGAGCUUUGUAUUCGCAAUCUUCGCUACUUUGCUGGUUGGGCUGACAAGGUUCAUGGAAAAACCAUUCCAACUGAUGGCCCUCACUUUGCAUACACACGACAUGAACCUGUUGGUGUUUGUGGCCAGAUCAUUCCAUGGAAUUUCCCACUCCUCAUGCAGGCAUGGAAGUUUGGACCAGCAGUUGCUACAGGGAAUACAGUUGUUAUGAAGUUAGCAGAACAGACCCCACUCUCUGGCCUGCAUGUAGCAAAAUUAGUGGCUGAGGCUGGAUUCCCACCUGGGGUGGUAAAUGUUAUUCCUGGUUUUGGCCCAACUGCUGGGGCUGCAAUUGCUUCUCAUAUGGAUGUUGACAAAGUAGCCUUUACAGGAUCAACUGAGAUUGGUCAUCUUAUUCAACAAGCUGCUGGUGCUAGCAACUUGAAGCGAGUAACUCUGGAACUGGGAGGCAAGAGUCCAAAUAUUAUUUUUAAGGAUGCUGACUUGGACUAUGCUGUUGAGCAGUCACACUUUGGUGUUUUCUUUAAUCAGGGGCAGUGUUGCUGUGCUGGCACAAGGGUCUUUUUAGAAGAUGCAGUUUAUGAUGAAUUUGUGGAACGCAGUGUAGAACGUGCGAAAGUUCGUACAGUUGGUGAUCCUUUUGAUUUCAAAACUGAGCAGGGGCCACAGGUGGAUGGUGAACAAAUGGACAAAGUCUUGGAAAUGAUUGAUUCUGGCAAGAAGGAUGGUGCAAAGUUGGUUCAUGGCGGCACCCGCGUUGGGGAAAAAGGCUAUUAUAUUGCUCCUACAGUGUUUGCAGAUGUGCAGGAUAACAUGCGUAUUGCUACAGAAGAAAUUUUUGGACCAGUGCAACAGAUUAUGAAGUUUAGUGAUGUCAGUGAGGUGAUUGAGCGUGCAAAUAAUACUACUUAUGGCCUAGCUGCUUCUGUGUUCACAAAGGAUUUGGGGACAAAGCAAACAUUUUCGCCAAAGGACGCGUGCGGGAAAACUAUCCUGCAGAGUAAAUAUUGCUCUGAAAAUUCUAUGUGUUUUGAAGUCAGACCCCCUUCGGAGGAUACAAAUGUCAGGACGGGGGCAGAGAAAACUGGGGAAUAUGCUUGCAGAACUACACCCGAAGGAAGGCUUCCGUGGGGCAAACACGAAGAUUUGUUAUCCAUAUUUGGCCAUUGGGAAAUUGCCCCUUUUUCAAACCCAAACCCCCCUGAAACUAGCUCCCUUGGGUUUCAAACCCCGACUCUCCCCUUAUACAUCUCUGAACACUGCUAA